AUGGCGUCCUUGAAAGAGAUCUUAACACGCCGGCCGGUGGCGGCUACGAUCCGUUUGACCGUCCCAGCUGGCGGAGCACGGCCAGCCCCUCCCGUGGGUCCAGCUCUGGGUCAGUACAGGCUGAAUCUGAUGGCCUUCUGCAAGGAUUUCAACGCCAGGACCCAGAAGUACAAGCCGGACACUCCCAUGGCGGUGGUUAUUACGGCGUUCAAGGAUAACACAUUCGAGUUCACGGUGAGAUCGCCGUCGGUGACUUGGUACCUGAAGAAGGCGGCCGGGAUUGAGAGCGGGAGUGGGCGGCCGGGUCACGUGACGGCGUCGACGAUAACAUUGAAGCACGUGUACGAGAUUGCGAAGAUUAAACAGCAAGAUCCUUAUUGUCAGUACAUGCCUUUGGAAUCCAUUUGUAAAUCGGUUAUUGGGACCGCGGGUUCCAUGGGGAUUAAGGUUCAGAAGGAGCUCGAUUGA